GGAUGGAGAAUAUGGAGCGAAAAUAUCAAACACAACAUGGAGUGGAAUGAUUGGUGAAUUACUGGCCAAGAGAACUGAUAUUAUAGCAGCUCCACUAACUGUCAACGAUGAACGAUCAGGAUACGUGUAUUAUGUCGGCCCGUUUAUGGAAGAUACAAUGGGUAUUCUGAUUAAAGUUCCUGAUCAAAACGAAGAACUGUUUCAAAUGUUCCUGCCUUUUCGUUAUGAUAUCUGGCUGUGCUUGAUUGCUUCAGUAUUCAUUGCAGCCUUGGCAAUUACGCUAUUCAGCAUUAUCAGUCCGUUUAGUGCCUGGAAUUUAGCCUUACCUGGAGCAACAUCGGAUGAAGUUUCAAUCUACCACAGUAUCUGGUUUACAGUCGGUGGUAUGCUUAUGCAAGGACAAGAACUACGAGCCAUCGCUGGCUCUGCAAGGACAGUCACACUUCUCUACUGGCUUCUAGUUCUGGUAAUUCAAGCCACAUGGCAGGCUGAUUUGACAGCAUUUUUAACCAAAAAUGUUGUACAAAUUCCUGUUUCGUCUUUGGAUGAUCUUGCGAAUUCAGGAUAUACAGUGGCUGCCAGAGAAAACAGUGGAUUGAAGAAAAUAUUCGAGCGUGGAAUCGGAAAUCCAGUUUACACAAAGAUAUAUGAAAAAAUCACCAAGAAUGGUGUUGAUAUUACGUCACUGAAUCAAAGUGUGGAGUUUGUACGCAAUAGUACAUCGAAUGUGUUCUUGGGUAACAGGAUAUCAUUACUGCAUUAUCCAUAUGAUGAAACGGAUACCUUGGAUGUUAUUGAAGUGAAAGACAUUGUCAUACCACUUUCAUUUGCUGUUAGAUUAGACGAAGAGUAUGCCAGCUUAAUGUUGAACUUCAUGUCGACACUAAGAGAAAGAGGAGUAAUCGAUCACUUACUUGAAAAAUGAGAUGUAGAAAAGUCGAAAAUCGUUGCUAACACAGCCUCGUACAAUGCAGUAACACUUCGUAAUGUAUCUGGUGCAUUUAUAGUCUUGUCUGUAUUUAUUGUGGUCAGUUUAUUCGUCCUGCUUAUUGAAAAGUUAUGGUAUAAACAUGCGUUGAAGAAAGCCAGUCUCAGUCCAAAGUGUAAAGAAAAAGAAGAAGAAGGUCAUCCUGGUAUAUGGCGACGUUUUACUCAUCCUUCAGCUGACCUACCAAAGCCGAAAUUAGAUCUAUCACGGAAUCCUACACUAAAACAGUUAAGAUAUGCAGGUCAUAGAAGAGCGUCAGCAGCUUACGAUGCUACCGUAAUCACUGUCGACCACCAUCAUACGGAAUCAGCAGAUGUUGAUUAGAGGUGUCAGGCUGAACAACGUGUUUAUAUGAUAUGACAUGAAAGAAGAAGGCUGACUAACAACCACCAUGUGCUGUCAUAGUGAAAGAACAGUGAUGAAUAACCAACCAGUCAAGAGUCGAUGGAGUAAAUUUAGUUUAAAUUCGUAUUGAAAUACCAUAGAACUGACUGUACUGCUUCUUUUCUUUUUUUUCUUUUUCUAUUUAAUGUAAAAGAUGAAAGUGGAUAAUUUACACAAGUGCUAGUCAACCUCAUAUUUUAUCAUUGGUUGCAUUUAUUGUUUAUUUAGUAGUUACAGGAUUAGGCUAUUUCUAC